AUGUUGCCUUUACCUGUUUGUUCCUCUGCUCAUCUUCUGGUUCUUUCGGAGUCAAUUACAGUGGAUAUGAUAAAGACUUCCCUGUCAGGCAUGCCAUCUAGUAAAACUCCAGGUCCUGAUGGCUUUCCAGCAGAGUUCUUCAGAGCUACUUGGGGCAUUUUGGGCUCAGAGAUUACCACGGCGAUCUUAAAUUUCUUUGAGUCUCCCUUCAUGCCCAAAUCUCUAAACUCGACCUCUCUUGUGUUGUUGCAGAAAAGACCAGGGGCUGAAGAACUAAAAGACUAUAGGCCGAUAUCUUGUCUCAACACAAUUUAUAAGCUCAUAACUUGUCUUCUGGCUAAAAAGCUCAAGUCAAUUCUCCCUGAUUUGAUAGUUCCAAACCAGAUAGCUUUUGUCAAAGAUAGACUCUUGUUGGAAAAUGUUCUGCUGGCAUCUGAGGUGAUCAAGGGCUACCAUAAACAGAACCUCACUCCAAGAAUGACUUUGAAAGUGGAUAUUUCCAAAGCUUUCGAUUUCGUCAGAUGGGACUUCGUUCUUAGUGUCUUGCAGGCUCACAAAGUCCCUUUGGAUUUUCUUCAGGCUAUAAGAUCAUGCAUUUGCUCCCCUUCUUUCUCAGUGAGUAUCAAUGGAACAACCUCAAGGUAUUUCAAAGGGAAGACAGGUCUUAGGCAAGGGGACCCUCUCUCUCCGUCUCUGUUUGUUAUGGUGAUGAAUGUUCUAUCUUUGAUGCUGAACAAAGCGGCGGCGGAUGGAGUUUUUGUCUAUCAUCCAGGUUGUGAAAAUCUCGAGCUUACACACCUAUCUUUCGCUGAUGACUUACUUAUUUUUCUCGCUGGAAAUUUGGAUUCUCUGAAAGGUGUUUUCCGAGUUUUGAAGCGUUUUGAGGAGCUCUCAGGUUUGGCGGUAAACAUCUCAAAAACAAGUCUCUUCUGUUCAGGAGUUGAUCCCUUAACCUUGGCCGAAAUUGAAACUACAGUGGGUCUGGUUCCGAGUGCUCUGCCAAUUCGCUACUUGGGCCUUCCUCUAUGUUCUAGAAAACUUUCUGUGGCAGAUUGUGAUCCGUUGAUUACUCAAGUCAGAAAAAAGCUAAACAGUUGGACUCAUCGGUUGUUAAGUUUAGCAGGAAGAUAUACGUUACUCUCCACAGUCAUUCCUGGCAUUGUGGGUUUCUGGAGCUCGGCGUUCUUCUUACCAAAGGCCGUAAUCGGCAAAAUCAACUCCCUUUCAAGUGCUUUCUUCUGGCAUGACUCAACUGAUACCGCGAGAGGAGCUAAAGUAUCUUGGUUUGAUAUUUCUUUCCCUAAGAAGGAAGGAGGUUUGGGGUUGAGGAAUUUAAAAACCUGGAAUGAAACCUGCGCGUUAAAGCUUAUUUGGAUGUUGUUUUUCAGGGCAGGAUCUAUUUGGGUAGCCUGGAUCAGACACAAAUAUCUCUCUCAUUCCCCUUUUUGGGCAUUGAAUGGAAAAAACUACGAGUUUUCCUGGAUGUUCCGUCAAAUUCUGAAGCUUCGUGGUAAAGCAAAUCCUUUAAUCAGAAAUUUGAUCGGUAAUGGCGAUGACACAUUCUUUUGGUGGGAUCCAUGGACUCCUUAUGGGCCAUUGAUCUACUACAUUGGCUGUGAGGGACCGGCUUCAAUGGGCAUUCCUCUUUUCUCUACAGUCAGUGAAUUAAUAACAACACAGGGAUGGACUUUACCGCCUCCAAGAUCUGAGAAGCAGUUAAAUCUCCAGGUGUUCAUUACUACUCUAAUACCAUCAGCCUCAAGCGAUAGAACGGUUUGGCUCGUUGAUGAGGUGAUCCAAGACUCUUUCUCUUCUCGUCAAGUAUGGGAGUGUAUCAGGGAAAAGAAACCAGUGGUACCAUGGGCGAAUCUUAUUUGGCAUAAAGCGAGGGUCCCUAGACAUGCCUUCUCGGCGUGGCUCUUUGUUCUUAAUCGCAAUCCAACACUUGAUCGUUUAUCGAGAUGGGACUACGAUAUAGAACAAACAUGUCUCCUUUGUGGAGUAGCUGAUGAAUCGAGAGAUCACUUAUUUUUCAGCUGUCCUUUCUCUCAUCAGGUUUGGGAUGAGACACUCAUGAGACAUAUCUUUGGCCUUACUUCAGGCGUGGCAAGCUUGCAUCUACGAAAUAUGGCAUGA